GGAGAGAGGAGAGGAGAAGCGAGUCGGGUCUCCAGCCAGCAACAGCAGUCAUUCCCCGCGCAGGUGGUAGAGAGUCAACAUCUGCUCUGACCGCCCAGCCGUCCGCAUUUUCGUAAACUGAUAGUCGUUUCCUCUCUCCUUUCUCGGCGAAUUUCUUUUUUACGAUAGUGCAUUCGUCUCCUCGCGUUCGGUCUCUCGUUCCCUCGUGCAAUCGGUACAGUUGUAAAGCACUUCAAAUUCGGAUUAGCGCUACGAAAGCCGUACUAAGUGACCCAGGAUUGUGCAGUGUGAUCGGUGAACCUUCGAAUCUCGUCUUGUGUUUUGUGUACAGUUUUUAGCUAUCAUCGAUGGUGUUUUUCGAUGACAGGACGGGCACCAUGGAGAAUGGAUGAUCCGUCUCCCGAUGAUCUAGCAUUUCGGUUGUGUUAGUGAAGUUGUUCUGGUGAGAAACUUGGAUUAUUUUGGAUUUUGAAAUGCGCGAGCUCAUGUCAGUGACGAGUGGUGUGGUCCAGGGCGAAAGCCUCGCCUGUGGAGAUGCUGAGAAGGGUUCGGAUGUGAGUGCGCCCGCUCUGUCGUUGGCAGCCACCCCCGGAUAUUUGGAGUUGACCAGUGAACAAGCAGCCAGGCUCGUUUGCACCGAGCCCAUCGAGAAGUACUACGAUGUCGAGGAAGAACCCUUUGCCAGAGGGAAGUAUGCGACGGUGCGUCGCUGUCGGGAGCGGCGAACGGGCGCGGUGUACGCGGCUAAGUACCUUCGGAAGCGGAGAUCCGCCGACUUGCGCCACGAGAUCCUCCACGAGGUGGCCGUCCUCGAUUCCUGCCGCAACUGCACCCGCAUCGUCAAGCUCCACCAGGUCUUCGAGUCUUCCCAGGAUAUGAUACUCCUUCUCGAAUUGGCUCAUGGUGGCGAGUUGCAAACGUUGUUGGACCACGAUGAAGUUCCAACAGAGCCGCACGCUGCUAGAAUCAUAAAACAAGUCCUCGAGGCUCUCAUUUACCUCCACUCACUAAACGUGGCUCAUCUAGACAUUAAGCCCCAGAAUCUAGUUUUAACAGGAGAAUAUCCAGACUGUGAUACUAAACUUUGUGAUUUUGGAAUAUCAAGGUACGUCGGACAUGGUGCUAACGUCCGAGAAAUUUUAGGAACCCCUGAUUAUGUUGCUCCUGAAGUUCUGAACUAUGAACCAAUCAGUUUAGCAACAGAUAUGUGGUCUGUUGGCGUCCUGAUGUACGUGUUGCUGACUGGCUGCUCUCCUUUUGGUGGAGAUACAAAGCAGGAAACAUUUUGCAACAUCGCUCAGUCAAAACUUGAUUUUCCAGAUGAUUUGUUUGAGGACAUAUCCGACUGCGCAAAAGAUCUAAUGCGAAAAUUAAUGGUUAAAAAUCCUAGUAAUCGUUUGACUGCAAAGGAAUGUCUUCAACACAAAUGGUUCGUGGAGUAUCUGUCAUCUCAAUCCGAUUCGUUUCAACCAAAAACUGCCAUCCCAGCAAAAAGAAGUAUUAUUAGAAAUAGUUUAACAAAUAGUAGUAACAGUAGUGGCAAUAGUUGUAGAAGUUUUAAUUGCACUUCAUCAAGUCUAAGUGUCAGUACGGAGAAUUGCCUCGAUAAGACUCAGAAUCCAAAAUUAGGUUUGAAUAUCAAUGAGAUCAAUGGGUCUGUCACGGAUGCUCCUUCCUCAAAAGUCAACCUUGAUAAUGAUAAACAGUCAGAAACAGAUGAACACAAGACAACACUGUCGUCUAGUGUAGUUAAUGAAAUUAAUGGUAACAGUAAAUCUAGUGAUGGAGAAAAUAUGGAAAAGAGCUCAAAUUGUGAUAAACCCAACACUCAAGGAAUUAGUAAUGAAAGGCGCCGGCUCUUUAUGAAAAAUAUGGACCACCUGGUCCGGCGGCUAGAAUGUGAUAAUGACGAUAUUACCAAAAUAAAAAGUAAAGCCAGUCCAGACAGGAGUAAAAAGGAUGGAAAUUAUAGUGACUUAGAAACUAAAACCUGUAUCUCAGUCAAUAAACCCAAACAAAGUAGCACAAAUGAUAAUAGCGUCUUUAUGAAAAUGAACACUCGCUGUGAUAGCCAUAACUAUCGUCUUCCAAGAACAGCCUCCAGUAUGCAGACUAUGCCAGUCUCAGGGGUACCCAUUUUCGGUUACAAAUUCGAUAAUGGGUUCCUUUCAAAAAUUGGCUCCAACUUCAACAUCUACAAUGAUUUUGAUAGUGAUUCUGAUUCCGAAGCUUCCUUUAAAUUUCGCAGAGUUUAUAUCCUUGAUGAAUGCUCAGAUGCGCCGAGCCCUCCAUUGUCACUCCAUGGCUCUUUGAGCUCUAAUGAUAACUCAUCAAUAAGUGAUUCAAGUAGUGAUACGGUCAGUGAAAUGUCAAUUGAUUCAUCCAGUGAUCGUUCUAGUAUCAUAUCUUUGGAUGACUCAAUAGAUCUUGGAGUCUAUGGCAAAUCUUUGAAUCAGAAUCGCUAUGCAUCUUGUUGUAACGUAUGGGAGGCUGUUCAUAGUCAGGGAGGAGGAAGGGUUUGGCCCCGUGAGUGCUCUGGUUCUUUUGAGCGAGCGCUUUCUCGUUUUGCAACUAUGUCCAAAUCAACAGAAAAUCUCAGAGAACUCAGUUUUCAACCGCACCGAAAAUUAACGUUCUUUAAUAAUGAUGCUAAAAAUAAUUCUAAUUCUAGAAAAUGCAUCGGUCUAGAGUUAAUGCGAGAACGAAACGGCAAUGUUGUUAUCAUUCGAGAAAUUAAAGCAAUCAGUGGCAGCAAGUACUCAAGAUGUAGUGAAGUCAAAUGUGAGUCAGUCCAGUCAAGAAUCAGACGACUUCAAAUUCAAAAUGGAGUGCGCACAGAAUUAGCAAAAAAUGGCCAAAAUCAUUUUUUAUUAGAAAAAUAUUAGAGAAGUAAAAUAAAGUACCUAAAUGGUAUUUAUAUAAUCGAAGGCUGAUUAACCUUUAUUUAUUUUCUGAAAUCUCUUGCUGGUCAAGUUGAGGCAAUACUCCUGCCACACUUACAACUGCAUAAAUGAUUGUAGUGUUUUAUUGAUCUUGUACUCUAAAAUUUUCCGGCAACUGCUUAUAUUGUUAUUAUUUUUUAUUCUAUUUAUUUUUUCUACUUGUUUUUACGAAAACAAUCCUUUCCUGUGAUCAAAUUGUUUUGAAAGUUGUUAUAAAAUCGACUAAUUACUUAGAGCUCUGCACAAUGACAUUAGAAUCUAUCAUCUCAUUUGUGGACCCCUAACGCCACCCGAUUAUCACCGAUGAUAAUGUAUAGCCCAUUAUGGAAAACCGCAACUAUUUUCAUUCUAUUUCAAAUUUAUUUAUUUUAUACUUCUUUGGCUGUGAAUCGUACCACUGGAGGCGUUUUUUCUGCAGUCUUCCUCCCCCCUUCAUCCCCUCCUUAAGCUACAAAGUUUAUUCAAGUUAAGUUUAUUACAAAGUAUUUUUCUCAGUUUAUUUUUGCAAAGUAAUUCCUUAUAUUUUUGAAUACACUCUGCAGCACUAUGAGUCUCUGUUCUCUGCCCUUCCAUACAACUCCUUAAACCGCACUUUAGUUGUGAUCCUUAGGUUGAUUUUUGCCAAGGAUUAACUUGAGCAAUACUGUUUCCCUUGCGAGUUGGGUUAUGAAGUAGAAAUGAAUCGGAACAUUCUGAUUUUAUUAGUGACUGUGCCUUUGUCUAAAAUAAGUAUGUAUUCACUGAAUGUCUCUAAUACCUCGAACAUCAUGUGGAAGGUAAUUUUAAGAUCCUUCAUCAUGUUUUAAGCUCAAAUUUACACUCCAGUUCAGAAACUCGCUGAAAUGUCUUAUGCAUGAAGAAACGCUUUUCAUCCUGUGAAAUCAGAUCCCAUUAUACUAGAUUUUGAAGAGUAGCUGUGGUAAAUUGAGUUUAUAAUAUGUGCGAAUUCAAGAAUUGCUAGAAACAGUUUUGAGACUUGCCAAAAUGGGUUUUAAUUUACCUCUCUAACAAAAUGAAAAAAGAAUCUGGUACGUCUUCGAGUACAGAAAAUCUCUGCAAAGGCAUUCAAACGCAUCUUAAUUUCUUUUGAUAAAAAAUAAAAAUUCAUUUCUCCGAAAAUUCAUUGACAGUUUCUUUCAAAAUUUGCAGACUUUUAAGAUUAAAUGCAAAGUAAAGGAAAUUGCAUGGAUUUUAAACGGAUUUGAUCCUGAAUCCUCUUAUAUCAUUUGAUAUGAUUUCCUUCACUACCUCUCGAGCAUGAUAAGCUUGAAAAAUUUUACUUCUAUCAGCCUACUCUGAGAAAUGCGGGGCUAAGAGGUGAAUUUUUCAAUAUUUCUACUCCUGUUUUUCUAUGUCGAUUUUGCUCUGCUACCCCAUUGGCUUAACAAUGAGUUGCUUGCUGUUAUCAUUUGAGAGAAUGUUGGUUCUUUUUCUCCGUGAAACACAAGAAUGAAAGGGUGCGGAUCUGUCUUACCUCCUUGGUUGCAAGAAAAAGAGAGUUCUCUUCGAUCACCAAUCUAAUAAUCUUUUCUGGUUGUAAAAAUACCGAAAAAUUCACAUCUAGCCCUGAUUGUCUCGUGAGUACAAUGUUAGAAGCCCAUGAGAACACAAAGAACACCAUUUAAAAAGUUAAUGAGAUCCAGCUGGUGCCGGAUUUCUUUGUAAUCUGCAAAACUUCCUAUCCUGCAAAAUCAAUAAAUAAUAUGUAUUUACUGUUUCUCUCAAAACUGACCAAUCAAUAGUAAAAAUCAAUAAUUUUAAAAUGUUUGAAUGUCCUUACGAUGUUUUAUCUGUAAGACAGAAAGUGUUACUCGUAAGCAACAGAAUCAGUAAUGUAGGAUCAGACUGAUUACUAUCACCAUCACCCUCCAAUUGUGUGCCAUUUUUCUUUUUUCUCACCUUCAUUCUUUUAACACCUACACUUGGCAUUUUCAAAACCACCAUCUGAUCCACCUCCAAUCUAAGAGAGAUGGCAAGUGCCUACUCUCUUGCUCAAAUCUCUGAAUGGACCGUUAAGGUCAUGUUUUUCUUUUGUGAGGAAUCCUUAAUUCAAUAUAUCUUUUCGAUUUACGGACUAAUGACUUGCAUUCUCACCAACAUCCAGUCAAAGUCAAGAUGUUUGUGAGCCAUUAAUACUUGUAUGUAAAUUUCACUUAAAACAGAAAUUAUACUUAGCUAGUUUAGACUGUGCCUUCAUUUUUUACGAUUGCUUUUCAUUUCUGGAACUCGAAUCUGGAGGAAAAGUGUUCUUGAAUCAUCUAAGUUAACAAUUAAAUCUAUGUCUUCGACUCCCUGAACAUAAAAUGUAUGUUAGUGACUAAUUUUACUGUGUAUUCCUGUGUUUUUUUUUUCUUUACCUGUAUGGUAAUUUGUAAUGCUAAAACUAGUCAUGAAUUUUGAAGUGUUUUAUCAAUUGAAUUGUAAUUAAUUUUCUGUAAAAAAAAUAAAACUGAAAAAAUUUAUCAAUUCAUUCGGGUAAAAUAUGUAUUUUAUUUAUGUGUGUAUAUGUGUGUACUCACGCUUGUGUUGAAAGUUUAACAUUUUUACGUGCAUGUAACUGAUGCAUUUUCAUAUUUUUCCAAAUUUUCAUGUAUUAUUAUCAUCUCAUGAUUCCAUGUGCUCAAAAUACAAGGAAAUACUUAAUGUCUUUA